CUAAAGAGGCCAGCACUGACCAGGGCCGCGAAGUACUGACCUGCACUGACUGCGACCGCCAAACUCCAUUCAUGCAAUCACCUCCCACGAGUGUCCUCGUGGGAACCAAUAUUCAUAACAUUCAUUAAUCGUUAAUCGUCAUCGUUCUCUCCUUGUGAAAGAGCUGCUGCGCGUGUGGUUCUGCAAGUGGUUGUCCGAGCCAGCUCAACUUGCUUUUCCUAAUGCUUAUUUGAACAAGCUACGUAAUUGUGGGAUGCCAUGGUGCUGGCUAUGGGUUUCCGGUCGGCAGCACGGGGCCGGGUGUCAGGUGCCUGGCCCGCGCUCAAAUGGCAGCUUGCUCAGCCCCUCGGCCUCGCAACCCAGCCAUUUGCGCAGCCCGGCAUCACGGCACCUGGAGCUCUAGAGUUCGGGGGAGGACAACGAGGGCUCGGGUCCAGCUCAGGAGCGUGCCCGAGGACAGCGCGCGGGGCCCCGGGUUCAGCGCGGACGCUGUGCCAAUCGCUGAAUCACACGCCGCAACCAGCUAAUGCACCCCGUCGAACACGACCAGGCGGGGCGGCCUUGCCAGCAGCACGAGCUGCCUUAGUAAGACCGAAUGCAGCUGCACAGAGUACGGACCCGCUUGCAUCCCCCACGCCUGCGACGGUUGAUGACGAGAUAGGGCGGGCGUUGGCGGCGGCGGCGGAGCAGCGCGCGCGCCUGGCGGCGGCUCUUGCUGACGAGUCUCGCUGGCGGCUGGUCAUUGACUGCGGCUUUUGUCACACACUGACUGCACACAAAGAGCUGCGCAGCCUAGCCAAGCAGAUCCAGACGUCAGUGGGACAUAACCGGAGGGCUGAGGCGCCCUUCUGUCUGCAGGUCUCGUCGUGGUUUGGCGAUAUCGCACAUUACGCAGAGGGAACCAUGGGUGGAGCUGCGUGGCCGCUGCUAAAGCGGCAGCAGCCCACGCUGGACCUCUUCCCCCGCGAGCUCAUCACGGUGCUGUCGCCGGACGCGGCCGAGCCGCUGACGGACCUGGAUCCGGCACGUGUGUACGUGGUGGGAGGCAUCGUGGACAAGUCCGUCAUACGCGGCGUCACGGCCGGCUUCGCGGCCCGGCACGAGGUGCAAGUGCGGAGGCUGCCUACAGUGGAGCUGGCGGAGCAGCUGGGGCUGGGGCCCGGUGCCCCCAAGAGGCCUGUGCUCAACAUCGAUGACGUGGUGUAUGCUCUGCUGCGCUUCCGGGUCAACGGCGGCGACUGGCUGGACGCCCUGGAUGCGGCCAUCCCCGCACGCAAGCGGGGGCUGGGGAGCCGCAGCACCAGCAACGGCAGCGGCAAGGACAGCCGAAAGGACGGCAGCAACGACAGCGGUAGCGGAAGCGGUGGGGACAGUCGGAGCGGCAGUGAGGAGGAUGCUUGAGGAGGAUCAAACGAGGGCGUGGGGUAGGCGGGAGGUGCGGGCCAUGCGGCUGUGGCACCUUGCAGCAGGACCGAGCAUUCGGCGGUGUACCGCUGUGUGGCGACCCGGGGCCGGCUGGCCUGCUCGUGUCACUAUCGGUGCUACAUCGAGAUUGGCGCGGGGAGGUCAACAGGUCGCGGAGCCCGGCGCAACGGGACCCUUGCUCGCCCCAAG